AUGGAUCCCAGGAUCAUCAUUCCGACCUGGACCAGUCCGACUGUAGGCACGUGGAGGUUGGACCCUUGGAGUAUGGAUGCUGCGCAGAGGGUGCACGUUGAGUUUUAUGUGAACGAAAACACCUUCAAGGAGCGUCUCAAGCUUUUCUUCAUCAAAAACCAACGAUCCAGCCUGCGAAUUCGUGUGUUCAACUUCUCCCUGAAGCUGCUCACCUGCCUACUCUACAUCAUCCGAGUGGUGACGGACCACCCGGGUCAGAGCGCCCACAGCUUCAGCCCGUCGAGCGCUCCAGCCGACAUUAACUGGGAGUUGAUCUUUUGGGUGGACCGGAAGAUUCCUGUCUGGGCCAUUCAAGUCACUGUGGCCAUCAUCAGCUUCCUGGAGACGAUGCUGCUGAUGUAUCUGAGCUACAAGGGGAACAUUUGGGAGCAGAUGUUCCAAGUGUCCUUCCUCCUGGAGAUGAUCAACACGGUCCCCUUCAUCAUUACGAUCUUCUGGCCUUCCAUUAGGAACAUCUUCAUUCCGGUCUUCCUCAACUGUUGGCUUGCCAAAUGCGCUCUGGAGAACAUGAUCAACGACGUCCACAGAGCGAUCCAGAGGACCAACUCGGCUAUGUUCAACCAGGUCCUCAUCCUCAUCUGCACUCUACUCUGCUUGGUCUUCACUGGCACAUGUGGAAUUCAGCACCUGGAGCGAGCGGGCAAACACCUCUCGCUGUUCAACUCCUUCUACUUCUGCAUCGUCACCUUCUCCACGGUGGGCUUUGGCGACGUCACCCCCCGCAUUUGGCCAUCACAGCUUCUGGUGGUCGUCAUGAUCUGCGUGGCCCUGGUGGUGCUACCCCUGCAGUUUGAGGAGCUGAUGUACCUGUGGAUGGAGAGCCAGAAAUCGGGGGGCAACUACAGCCGUCACCGGGCGCAGACGGAGAAGCACGUGGUCCUGUGCGUCAGCGUGCUCAAAAUAGACCUGCUCAUGGACUUCCUCAAUGAGUUCUACGCCCACCCCAGGCUGCAGGAUUACUACGUGGUGAUCCUGUGUCCGAGCGAAAUGGGCCUUAAGGUGCGACGUGUCCUCCAGAUCCCGCUGUGGUCGCAGCGAGUCAUCUGUCUGCAAGGCUCCGUUCUCAAAGACCAGGACCUGCUCAGAGCCAAAAUGGAUGACGCCGAGGCCUGCUUCAUCCUGAGCAAUCGUAACGAGGUGGAUCGCACAGCAGCGGAUCAUCAGACCAUCCUGAGAGCCUGGGCCGUCAAGGACUUUGCUCCAAACUGUCCACUUUAUGUUCAGAUACUCAAACCCGAGAACAAGUUUCACGUCAAAUUUGCAGAUCAUGUCGUCUGUGAGGAGGAGUUCAAGUACGCCAUGUUGGCCCUUAACUGCGUGUGUCCUGCCACCUCCACCCUGGUCACGCUCCUGGUGCACACUUCCAGUGGACGGGAAGGACAACAGUCUCCACAGCAGUGGCAGCGCAUGUACGGCUGUUGCUCCGGUAACGAGGUCUACCACAUCCGACUGAGUGACAGCAAGUUCCUUGGGGCGUACCGUGGCAAAAGCUUCACCUACGCAUCUUUCCACGCUCACAAGAAGUACGGCGUGUGUCUGAUUGGCAUCAGGAAGGAGGACAACAAGAGCAUCCUGCUGAAUCCGGGCCCACGCCACAUUAUGGCGGCCGCAGACACCUGCUACUACAUCAACAUUACAAAGGAGGAGAACUCGGCCUUCAUCUUCAACGGGGAAGAGCAGAAACAGAAGAGCAGAAAGGGACACUACGACGGACCCUCGCAGCUUCCCGUACACAGCAUCAUCGCCAGCAUGGGCACUGUCGCCAUGGACCUUCAGAACUCAAGCCCGCCGGGCCCCGCUGGCUCCACGGCGGUGCCGCCCACGCUCAACGAAGCGGGCAGCCGCCGGCCCAGCAUCGCUCCGGUUCAGGAGAUCGCAGACUCAUCCUCAAUCUUGCCGUGUGACCUCCUUGGUGACCGGUUGGAGGAUGACGCCGUCUUCACGGAUGAGAGAGGCCGCUCAUUCACAGAGUAUGUGAAAGGUUACCCCCCUAACUCUCCUUACAUCGGAAGCUCGCCCACCUUGUGCCAUCUGCUGGCUGAGAAAUCCCCGUUUUGCUGCCUACGUCUGGACCAGGGCUGCAGGCACAACAGUUUUGAGGACGCAAAGGCAUACGGUUUCAAAAACAAGGUCAUCAUCGUGUCGGCGGAGACGGCCGGGAACGGUCUCUACAACUUUAUAGUGCCUCUCCGAGCGUAUUACAGGCCCCGGCAGGAACUUAAUCCCAUCGUCUUACUGCUGGACAACCUGCCAGAUAAUCAUUUCCUAGAGGCCAUCUGCAGCUUCCCUAUGGUCUACUACAUGGCUGGGGCUAUAGACAAUCUCGACAGCCUUCUGCAGUGCGGCAUCAUAUACGCAGACAAUUUGGUCGUAGUGGACAAAGAGAGCACGAUGAGCGCGGAGGAAGACUACAUGGCCGACGCCAAAACUAUUGUCAACGUGCAGACAAUGUUUCAGUUGUUUCCCAGCCUCGGCAUCAUCACGGAGCUCACACAUCCGUCCAACAUGAGGUUCAUGCAGUUUCGGGCCAAGGACUGCUACUCGCUGGCUCUAUCCAAGCUGGAAAAAUUUUACAAGAACGAAUAUCCUUCGAUCAUUUCUUUCUUUUGAACAAAAUGGUUUCCCCCGCAGAAAGAGCGCGACAACGGCUCCAACUUGGCUUUCAUGUUCCGCCUCCCUUUCGCCGCGGGCCGAGUGUUCAGCAUCAGCAUGCUUGACACGCUGCUUUACCAGUCAUUUGUGAAGGACUACAUGAUCCUCAUUGCGAGGCUGCUGCUGGGGCUGGACACCACCCCAGGAUCGGGAUACCUCUGUGCUAUGAAAGUAACAGAGGGAGAUCUGUGGAUCGGUACCUAUGGCAGACUCUUCCAGAAGCUCUGCUCAUCCAGUGCGGAAAUUCCAAUCGGGAUCUAUCGGACGGAGUCGCACAUUUUCUCCGCGUCUGAGUCUCAGCCAUCGGUCGAUGAAUACAAGGACACCAGGGACGGGGCCCGGGAGUCCCAGCGCCUCAGUGACCCUUCGGAAUGCCCGCUACCGAGGAAGAAGAGCAUGCAGUGGGCGCGGCGGCGUCUGAGCAAAAGAAGCAGCCGGUGGCAGGAUACCAGCCGGGACUCCACCAAGGACCACGGGCAGCGCGCCGCCCAGCAACGCCUCAGUCUGUACCGACGUUCCGAGAGAGAAGAGCUUUCCGAGCUGGUGCGCAACCGCAUGAGCUAUUUGGGCCUCCCGACCUCAGGAUAUGAGGACUUGAGCACUCUGACAGCCUGCGAUGUCAUGAACAGAGUCAAUCUGGGAUAUCUGCAAGAUGAGCAAAACGACCACCAAAACACUCUGUCCUACGUCCUGAUUAACCCUUCGCCAGACACCCGGCUGGAGCUCAAUGAUGUUGUCUACUUGAUUCGCUCAGACCCCCUGGCUCACGUCCCCGAGGACCCUCCGGUCUACAACAGUAGCCUGAAAGAGAGGCACGAGUCCAGCUUUGACACCAGAGAAGAUACCCAGCUGUGAUCACAACCACCACCACCUCAACGUCUUACCUGGAAGCUUGUCCGUUCCAAGGCAGGUUUGGAACCCACACAGGACCAGCACUGCAGUCUCUGAAUGAAUUUGAUUGGCCCAAAAAUAUAGUAAGGACAAUUUUUUUUGCUUCUUUAAGACCUCCUGAAGUUCUGGUUAAAUUGUUAUUGGCUUGGUGCUCCCUCAGGUAAAGCGAAAAUAGAUUUGGCACUCGUUUGUCCAUAGUUAAUAGAUUUAACGUCCGAUUUAAGCAUAUCUUGAGCUAAUUUGUUAGAAAAUUGCAAUUCCAAGUUGGAAAAAUAGGUAUUUUUGUUGCCAAGCAUUAUCAGUGGCAGUCCUCUGGUGUAAAGGUCUUUAUAAGUAAGACUGAGGCCCCACCCACACGGAAACACGUUUCAGUGUAUCUCUAAGUUGUUUUUUAAAAAAAAAAAAAAAAAAAAAAAAAAAAGGUUUUUGCAUUCUGUCCGCACGGAGUCAGCGUUUUGAGAGCCCGAAUCUGACCAUUGUUUAAACUACGUCCCAGAGUGGCUAAAUCUCAAAAUGCUGCCCCACGGUUGUGGCAGUUAUCACGUGACCAUGCAAACAUUAACAACAACAAAACUCCUACGCAUGUUAAUAGCUUUUCCAGCAAAAAUCUCACCAAAAAUCCAGUCCACAAAAAUGUCUCCUUUAUUCCUCGCUUUGCAUUCACCAAUACUGUGAGUUUGACUAGAUCGCCCGACUUCUUAUUCUGUUUUGGGUGACUUCGCCUUGGCAGUGUUACAGUGCCACACAGGGCUGUCAUAUACUGUGUACAUCAGUGUUUUUGCAUUUCUUGAAACAAUUUUGUGUUUUGAUUAGUCCCAUUUCUGUGUGUACCAGGCCUAACAAUGAUCAUUUUGUCUCUUGUGCAGUGUUUUUACUGAUGAAAAUAAUGAGUUACUGUGAACGUUUUUCAAAACUGCAGUGAAUUUUCUUAUUGGGUUUUUGUUAGGGCUGGUAAUAUAUAUUUUUUUAAAAUCAGAUUUAUCACACUUUUGAAUUUUGAUUAAUCACAGGUGCCAAGUAUACCAGACACAGGACCACAUUUUGCUUUGAGAUGGUAUUUUAAACUUGAUGUGCUUCGAUGAAAAGAGAGUUCAGCGCUGCACUAUAUGUAAAUUACUGUUGUUUUAUCGAAAGGUCCAUCGGGGUGACUUUUGAAGAUUUGCCACCGAGCACACCGCUCGGUAGUAUUUUCGCUUAUCUUUGCACUGACGUAAACAUUGACCUGAUCACUGACCCUGUAGCAACCUGCACCGCAUUUCAGAUAUCCAUUCGCGGUUAAAGCAAAGGAGUGUUUGUGGUCAAAAUAAAUUGUGCGAUUAAUCUGAGUUAAUACACGAUUAAUGCGAUAAUCUUUUUGUGAUAAUGAGCGAGAUAACGGCAGUGAGACGAGUUAACGUGUUAACUUUGACAUCCCUAGUUUUUGUACAUAUUAAAAAGACCACAGUGGUACCUCGAUUUACGAGUGAUCCAUCUUACAAGUUUAUUUGUGAUACGAGCCAUCAAUGUUGGCCAAUUUUCUGUGUCUUGUGAGAACAAAUAUCAAAUUAUGGCCGCGAGAUGGUGGCCACAAACUUAACAAUCAUCAGUUUGGCAGAUAGUGAACAAUUCUUCAAAAAUAGAAGCCAGGUGCUUGCUUCAAGCUGUAUGUUGCCACUCCCAGUUAGUUUACUAUAAAACUAAGAGAAUUUCAUAUAUUUAAUCAAACAUAAGUUUGCCUUACAAACAUCUAAAGUGCAAUACUGUACAGUGCUAUUGUUAUUAUUAUU